AUGAAUUUCGUAAAAUCAUCAUUAACCAAAGUAAGAGAUACAACUCAUCAAAUUGGUGCUAAAUUAGAUUCUUUUGAAAAUAAACCAAGUAAUGAUACUAAUAUUAUUACAGAUGCAUAUGCAAAGAAAAAUGAAGAUGAAGAUCUUAGUAAUAGAGCCACAGAAGUUGCUUCAAACAGUUUACCAACAAAUUCAAAUUUAAAUUCUUCAUCAUCAAAUGUUCAAAGAAAAAGAGAGGGUGAGGGAUUAUUAAAUCGUAUUGAAAAUACUUUUUCAAGAAAAAAUAAUAAUAAUAAUAACGAAGAAGAAGAAGAAGAAGAAAGAGUUGUACAAUCUGAUAGUGAUUCAAGAUUAUCAGAAAAAAAAGAUGGACUUUCAAAUAAAUUCCAAAAUUCAAUGAGAAUGAAUGAUAAUGAACCACAACAAGAAGAAGAUAAAGAAUCUGAUUCUCACAAUAAUGCAAGCAACUCAAUUAAAAGAAAUAAAGGUGGUUUAUUUGAUAGAGUAGAAAAUGAAGUUGAAUCAUUUGGAAGAAGAAAUGAAAAUGAAAAUGAAGAUGAACCAGAGGAACAAAACUCUUCUUUGUCAAAAAAAGGUGAAUUAUCAAAUAAAGCGGAAAAUGAAUUUUCAUCAUUAGGUAAAAGAAAUGAAAAUCAACAACAAGAUGAUGAUGAAGAAACCUCAAAUAAUAGAUCACAAUCAACUUCAAAUAAAAAUGAAGGAUUUUUAAAUAAAAUUGAAAAUAAAUUUUCUUCGAUUACUGGAAGAAAUAAGAAUAAUGAUAAUAAUAAUAAUGAUAAUGAAGAAACUGAAAAUAAAACUCAAAACACCCAUUCACAACAAAGUCCAACUACUAGAACAGAUCAAGGUUUUUUAAAUAAAAUCCAUAAUUAUAAUCAACAAGUUGAAACAAAUGCAUCAUCAGCUUUAAAUUUCAUUGAUGGUAAGUCAUCAUCGUCAAAUCCAACACCAACUUCAACACCAAAUAUUACAUCAUCAAAUGAAAAUUCAAAUUUAAAUAAUAGAUCUACAACUUCAUCAUCAACAUCAAAUGAAAGAGGUUCCUUUGGUGAUGUUGAAGAAAAAGUUGAUGGAUUUUUCAAAGGAAAUCAAUCAAAAUCACAUAACGAUCAAACAAAUCCUGAACCACACAGAAAAGAAGGUUUAUUAUCUAAAAUUGGAAAAUUCUAA